GUGCCAGCUGCGGAGUCUCCAUCUGGAAGAGCUGCGGCUGCGGAGAAGGAGGAGAACGCCUGGGCCGGCCGGACAGACGGACGCGCUGACCACCGCCGCCCCCAGCUCGCGCUGCCUCCUGCUCGCUCUGCGCCUCUAAGGUCAUCCCGCCCCCGAGGGCCCUGGGUCGAGAUGGAAGCCGUCCAGGAGCUGAUUCCUCUGGCCAAGGAGCUGAUGGCCCAGAAGCGCAAGGCGAAGCUGGUACAGCUGUAUGUGCUGGGCAGCGUGCUGGCGCUCGUCGGCGUGCUGCUCGGCCUGGUGGAGACGGUGUGCAGCCCCUUCACGGCCGCCAGCCGCCUGCGGGACCAGGAGGCGGCGGCCGCCGAGCUGCGCGCGGCCCGCGAGCGACAGGCUCUCCGGCAACGAGGCCUGCUGCAGAAAGGCGAGGUGCAGGAGGCGGUCCUCGGCGGCCGGGUCCUCGCCCACCGGCAGCACGCCUCCUAGGAGCGGCCGGAGAGAGCGGGAGCCAAGUGCUGGUUGCUGUUGGGACUCACUUGGGAGAAGCCGCUGACAUCUAGAACUGACCUACCAGGGAGACCCCGCCAAGGAGCCUGGGACUGAGUUUGCUGCUGUGCAGCGCUGCAUUGUGAUAACACGUCCAACACUGUGUCUCAGGGUUAUCUGGAGGCAUGUACCGUUUUGAACUCGGGAGGAAGGAGAAAUGCUUUUUAUAUUAUUAUUGCUAUUAUUAUUGUUAUUAUUAUGACCACCAUUUUGCAUUUUUAAAUAAAAAAGGUUUUAUACUGUA